AGGGCCUGUCACACAGAACGCAUCCGCCGACGGUGACACACGCGCCCACUGCACCAGCUACGCAAUAUCAGGACUUACGAGAGAUCCACAGUCGCUGUCUAAAGCUGGAAAGAAAAUAUCUGGCAGGAAAUAGUCCCCUCGGUGAUACUACCGUCACAAAGAACCAUGGUCCGUGCAGAACUGCUGCUAAUUCUCGUGACGUUGGCCAUGACCCAGACUGCUGAGGGCCACGCCAAAACCUUCUCCCGCUGCCAGCUCUCUCGUGAACUACUGCGCUACAACUUCCCCAGAAGUCUUAUUGCUCACUGGGUGUGCUUGAUCGAACAUGCAAGCGGUAGAACAGUGGAGAAAAUCACCAACCACAACAAUUCCUACACUAGCUACGGACUUUUCCAGAUUAACAACAAGGAGUGGUGCAAGAAAGGACGCAAAGGUGGACACUGCAGCAUGAAAUGUGAAGAUCUCCUAAACGAAGACCUGGCAGACGACGUGCGUUGUGCAAAACGGAUCUACGACCGCGUUGGUUUCAAGGCUUGGCCAGCUUCUUACGCCUACUGCAAGGAGAAAAGUCUACCUGACUUAUCCCGUUGUUAAAACAAUCUACAGAAGAGGUAUUGACUCCGUGCUUCAAACUAGCGCUAUCCAACGGACACCUGACUUGAACUUUGACAUUUAAGUACAAAUAUAUCCUCAUCCGCUGUAAUCCGUUGUUCCGAUGUUACAACGACUCUCGCGACAUACUGUAUAUUCAAAUUACAUUUAACAUCUUUGUUUCCCUAUUAAGUAUACUUUAAGUUCGUUAGGCUAUAAUUAUCUUAGUUUUGUACGUUUUUAUUACUGUGUUUUUCUGUGACACCGAAUGUUAUAGAAAUACAAACUAUUUGUUCCAAAAUAAACAACACGGCACACAUUUAACAAUUACGAUACGUCAUAAUACAUGACAGGAAGAAAAAAUAGAAUAUUUAAAAAUUUGAUACACACGCAACUAUGAAAUACAAACCAUAAUAACAAGUAAUGAAGCAACAAAACAAAACAAUGCUGUACUAUUACGGAAUCCUAUAUCCACUCAGCUUGGUGUUGUCGCACUGCUCUAGUGUUACGACGCUGAUUUUCAGUGGGAUUCUAUAAUAGAAAAUAAAUACAUGGAAAACACUUCAUUAUAAUAAUAGUUCUUUUUUUCUUCAAAUUAUUAUAGCUCCAUUGAUACAAUGGAUGAUUCUGCCAUGUCAAGUUAAGGAAGAAACAGUUAAAGAAGAGGAGAUAAUAAUAGUUCAAUAAUAUAAUCGUCAGGUCGGUAAUAUAAGUUGACUGAAUAGUCAUUUUUAUCCAAUAUGUCGGAUUCAAGGUGGCCGCCAUCUUUUAUUUACUAAUCCUAUCCGCUAAUGGCGCUGCUAUCGUUUUCGUUGAGCGCUUUAUAUCAUAGCAUGGAGUCAAUAAAUAGUGUUUUAAUCUAUAUAAUAAUUUAUUAAAGUAUCUUAUGCCGCUAGCUUGAAAAGAACUAACUCCUACUCUAGCACUACUCAUAGUACAGUUAAGUUCGUGGCUCUAUAAAAUGACAUUUUAACCUUUUAAUUUUAGGUUAUUGGUCAUUGUUUAUGUUAAAUUCUAGUCUAAAGUUACGAUAAAAGAAAUAUUUUUUUUUGUACAAAACAUCUAAAAAGUUUGCUGGUAUCGUCGGCAAAAUUCGCAAAACUCGUAUCUCCAUUAAGGUGAACUUUAGAGUUGGCACAAAACACAGAAUUACUAGAAAUAACUAAAAGACAAUCUAUGAUUAUAUUCCU